AUGUACCACUCAUGUACAUGCAUGUGUGGUAAUAUUUCAUGCCAUGGUUGUGUGCUUCGUGGAUUAGAGCUCUCUCAGCUUGUUGAUGAUUCAGAGCCUGUACGUGGUUCUAGGGCAUGUAAUUUUUUGAAAAUCCAUGAUGCAUCUAUUAAGAUCAAGAAUGAACUGAGCAUUGAGAUCACAAAGCUCAAAAGCGAUAUCUUGGAAUUAAAAUGCCGAGAUUGCAAAGAAUGCAUGUCAGUCAAAUGCCUUCAUAACUCUUUCUAUGCUUUCAUGAACAUCCAAGGAUCCAACCAUAUAAGGAGAACAUCCAGUCCAAACAAUGGCUCACCAAUGUUAGUUAUUGAAAAAACAAAGUUCAAAAACUGCUUCUAUGUUCCAUCCUUUGAGGAGGACAAUGUCUACGAGGCAGACGAGAGUGCAGAUGAGGUAGAAAAUGAACAAGAGAUCGACCAAUUUGAAGAUGGCGACUUUGAAUUAAUGUUUUCGGCAGAGACAACACCUUUUGUUGGCUCAUUCACCGAGAACUUCUUUAUCAAUGGAUCAAAUCCAUUACUAGUAUAG